GAAUAAAGAGGAAAAGACGUAUCGCCAGCAGUCGCUCCAGCCUCUCUGUCUGCUCUCCGCCUCGUGGGACACUGCGCUGAGAGUUUAUGUUUUAGUUGUAAUGUGUUAGUUGUAGUUAGUUUCCACAUAACAAGGAUUGUUGCCUUCAUGCUUAAAAUGCGCAAAGCAUACUGCUGAUAAUCCCAAAACUGCCUGGAUCCACACUAGUUUUUAUUUUUUGUAUUUUAAAUACUACAGUUUUUGCAUCUGUGAACGUCAGGUUGCUUUGAGUUUUCCUACACCUAUUACUGCAGGAAAAGUCUAUUGUUUUCUAAUAGUUUUGUUUUCCCUGCAGAGAGGAUGUUUCUAUCUAUGUUUUUCCUGUAGCUAGUACAGCAGGUUGUGUUUGAGGUUCAGACUACAUGCGAGAGGAAAAGGCUGAUGUGCAGAUCCAACACAGCCAGAACACAUUCUCUACUGAUUUUGUCAACUGAUUGAGGAGGACGCCUGGUUGGUGGAUUUAUUUUCCUCCCUGGAUGUGACAGUUUUAGCCAUGCUGCUGCUGCUUCCGCUGCUGCUCUGCCUACAAAUGUCACUGCAAGAACAGACAGCUCCUCCUGGUCGGUGUGAUAUCUCACAGGGGGUGGAGAUGCACACCCCCUGCACUUCUUGUGCCGCCCUCGCCACCAGCAGCUGCCCCCACGGCUUCAGCAGAGUGGGCACGACCAACUGCAGUUACGUGGUGCAGAUUGGUGGCAGGGAUAUGGAGUUGAAUGGAUGUCAGCACACCUGUUUGAAGAGGUUCAUGGAGCCGCAUUGCUGCCCACAACACUGGGGCCCUCUUUGUCUCCCCUGUCCCAGCUGGUCAGGGAAGAUCUGUAACUUCCAUGGGACCUGUCUGGAUGGAGAUCUCGGCAACGGGACCUGCGUCUGUGAUGAAGGUUUCUCUGGCUUUGCCUGUCAGGAUUGUAAGAAUGAGAACUUUUUUGGAGAAAAGUGUGACAAAGAAUGUGACUGUGACCAUGGAGUGUGUGAUAAAGGUCCAGAGGGUGAUGGACAGUGUUUGUGUCAGCCACCGUACACCGGGAAACGCUGUGACCAAGUGAGUACGAGAUGCAGUAACUGCAGCCCCUAUUCGUACUGUAAAGGAGAGGGAGACGCUGCCAGCUGUGAAUGUUUGCCAGGACACAGGAGGACGCCACAGGGCAAAUGCACAAGUAUUUGCACAGCGAGGGAUUGUGACGUUAACGCCCAGUGCUCCUUACAGGGGUCAAAGGUUAGCUGCAUCUGUAAGUCCGGCUACCAGGGUGAUGGCAAGAUCUGCGUACCCAUAAACCCUUGCUCUGAGAACAAUGGAGGGUGUCCCAUCAACUCCACCAUUUGUGUCUUCAAAGGACCCAACAAGUCUGUCUGCGAGUGUAUGUUCGGCAUGUCCCCUGUAGGUGGCAGUACUGAGUUUGGUUGUCAGCUGGUCUCUGCCUGCUCAGCGGACACCUGUGAUCCCACAGCUACCUGUCAAACUGAACUGGAUGGACAACCCAGGUGUGUUUGUGAGGCGGGUCAGAUUGGUGAUGGCCAGCGUUGCUAUGGUAACCUGAUGGAGCGGCUGAUCGAGCUUGACAGGAGUGGAAGUCAGAGAGAAAAUCUGACCGGAGCCGUUGCUCUAUUCGAGAAAGGCUGUUCACAGCUGCUGAGUCACAAUGGACCCUUCACAGUUUUCAUUCCUGUGCUGAAAACACCUCUGACUGGUGUUAAUGAGGAGGUGGUGUGUAAGAACCACCUGAUCCUGGGUCAGCACCUCUACAAAGAUCUGGAGAGUCGAGACUUCAGCCUGUACGGCGGAGCCAAGUUGAGAAACAAAGACAACAAGAGGUUCAUCCUGAUGGACGAUCCCAGUAGACUUUACACUGUCAUCCAGGAAGACCUGCCAGCAGCCAAUGGGAUCAUCCACAUCAUCGACCGGCCAAUCACACUUUCUGGAAGGCCUCCUCGUGACGAACAGUUUGCUGAUAAGACGAUAGGUGAGAUUCUGACUAAGGAUGAAAAAUUCAACCGCUUCCUAUCUCUGGUUGAUAACUGCGGGUCGCCCCCUCCCCUGCGGGGCCCGGGACCCCUGACUGUGUUCAUCCCCACCAAUGAGGCUGUGGACCAAGCCAGAGACGGCAGCAUCUUGUACAUGCUGAACGACGCCAAACAUAAACUUCAGGAACUUCUCAGACACCAUGUUUUCUCCCAGGCUGUGCUGACAGUCGACGACUUAGCUACUCUCCCUCAGAUUCAGACAAUGGCCAAUCAGAUCAUCACCAUCACUGUGUCUGACGAUGGUGAGAUCCUAUUGGGUGAGAAAGGCGUCCGUCUGGUGAGCACCAACAUUGUUGCCUCCAAUGGGAUCAUCCAUAUGAUUGACAGGAUUCUGUUCCCACCCUCCAUCCUUCCCAUCCUGCCUCACCGCUGCAACAUCAUCGAGAGCAAGAUCACCAUGGGUCCAUGUGUUCACUGCAGUUACCUAUAUGAGACUCAAUGUCCAGAUGGCAGCACUGAAAUGGACAGGCAUCAGAUCGGCUGCAAUUACGUCACGUCUCCUCUCAGGCCAACACUCAGUUCAGGCUGUGCCAAAUUGUGCAACACCACCCAACAGGUAGCAGAGUGUUGUAAGGGUUUCUACGGGCCGGACUGUAAACCCUGUAUUGGAGGAUUCCAGCAUCCCUGCUACGACAAAGGAACGUGUUCAGACGGUAUCCGUGGCAACGGCUCAUGCAGCUGUCAGUCAGGCUUCAGGGGUGUUGCCUGCCACAUCUGCUCGGAUCCAUCCAAGCAUGGGGAGAAGUGUGACGAAGGUGUUUACAACUCCGGAGCUGUAGCAGAGUGUUGUAAGGGUUUCUACGGGCCGGACUGUAAACCCUGUAUUGGAGGAUUCCAGCAUCCCUGCUACGACAAAGGAACGUGUUCAGACGGUAUCCGUGGCAACGGCUCAUGCAGCUGUCAGUCAGGCUUCAGGGGUGUUGCCUGCCACAUCUGCUCGGAUCCAUCCAAGCAUGGGGAGAAGUGUGACGAAGAGUGUCGCUGUGUCCACGGUGUGUGUGAUAAUCGUCCAGGCAGCGGUGGUGUGUGUCGGAGAGGAUCCUGUAUGGAGGGAUACUCUGGAGAAAACUGUGACAAGACGGCCACGCCCUGCAACUCUGACGGACUGCAGGAACACUGUCACAUCCACGCAUACUGUACACUCACGGGACUGCGUACUACGUGUGUGUGUAGCGAUGGAUAUGAGGGCGAUGGUCACUCCUGUUCUCCGAUCAACCCCUGCCUGAAGAGCAACCGAGGAGGCUGCGACACCAACGCGGAGUGUGUGUAUGUGGGUCCAGGUAACGUGUCAUGUGUGUGUGUUGAGGGUUGGGAAGGUGACGGCAGUGUGUGUGUGGAGAUCAACAACUGUCAGCUGGAGAGUCGAGGUGGUUGCAGCCCCAAUGCUGACUGUACCCACAUUGGACCUGGACAGAGUGAGUGUGUAUGUAAAACAGGCUACAUGGGCAAUGGUAUUGUGUGUGACCUCAUUAACCCCUGCCUCAAGAAGAAUGGAGGCUGCAGUGACCUGGCAAAGUGUGCGCACAGUAAGAACGGAACUCACACCUGUACCUGUCCUGACGGCUAUGCGGGAGACGGAACCAUCUGCUACGGAUCAUUACUGGAUGAGCUGGACAUGAACCCUAAGCUUUAUAGUUUCUACCAACUGACUCAGAGGUACAGUCACUCCUCUGAGGACCUGAGUGGAAACCUCACAUUGUUGGUUCCAUCCAGAGAAGCUCUGAGGAACAUCAGCUUAAAUUGGGACUCGUUCUGGACCAGCCGACACCACCUGCCUCACUUCCUGCGGGCCCACUACCUGCUGGGGAUUUACUCUGUAGAAGAUCUGGACAAACUGGUGGGCAGCAGGCUCCCCACCCUGAACGCUCCCACCUACUGGGAGAUCAGCAACAGCAGCGGGGUGAUCCGCAUUGGAAACGCCUCCAUCCUCACUCGCAACCUGCCUGCUAUCAAUGGCUACAUCCACAUCAUAGACCAGAUUCUGGUCCCACCCCGCUCAGACAUCCCCCCUGAGCCCCCCACCCUGAUGGCCUUCCUGGGCUCCUCUCCUAAGUUCACCCUGUUCAGACAGUACGCUCUGAUGUACAAUCUGUCAGGGGAUCUCAGUGCACUUGAUUUCACCCUCUUGCUGCCAACAGAUGAUGCCAUCAGGCAGCACCUCAGCAGGACUAACUCCUCUCUCCUGGACUCUGAUGUGUUAAAGUACCAUGUGAUUGUCAAGGAGCUGCUCUUCCCUGAUCGCCUUUCUGAUGGCACUUUGAAAAGCACACUGCUAGGCAGUGACUACCAGGUCCAGUUCCACUUAAACAACAACAACGAGACUGCCGUAAACGACGUUCCUCUUGAUGGCAGAUUCAUUGAGACGCAGUAUGGUGUCAUCAUAGUCCUCCCUCAAGUUCUCAAAAUCCACCGCAACAGAUGCAGCAAACAGGUCACCCUGCAGGUCAACGGAAGGUGUUCAGACUGUGAUGGACCACCGCGAUGCCUGUUCAACUACAAACCAGUCAGACAACAGUUUCCGGCCAACAUGCAUCCCAACUGUAAAUACAGGAAGCGAGUCGGAUCCAGAAGGAAGUCGGUGUCAGGCUGUGUCAUCAAAUGUCUUCGGUUAACUACGGAUCAUUCCUGUUGCCCCGGUUAUUACGGCCACGAAUGCUUCAAAUGCCCUGGAGACGUUGGCAGCUGGUGCUCCAAUCACGGGGAGUGUGAGGACGGUAACCAUGGUAAUGGGGAGUGCCGUUGCUUCGAGGGUUUCCAUGGCACGGCGUGCGAGGACUGUGAGCCAGGACGUUACGGCGUCAACUGUACCUCCAUUUUGCUGGUGUCCUUUUUCACUACUGGUAGCAUAAGGAACCUGCAGCCCAUUCAGCACAGUCUAAAGAGCAUGGAGGAGAUACCAGGAGAUGGGCUGUUACACAAGGAGACCUGGAGAGGGCUGUUGAAUGGCAUCAACCCAGCAGCAGGACAGCCCAGCACCGUGCAGUUCAGCUGGCAUUUGCCAGACAACACCAUAAUUGGUGGAUCCGCUGUUGGCGCCUGGAUCUCUUCACGAAUGAGAGCAGGUUCACACUGA